CUCCCCGUUUUUCCUCGACCGCAUUCCCCCAUCGCUUUCACUUUGCCCAACUUAUUUUUUAGCGGGACGAAGCUACACCGGUUGAGCAACCGCCUGCCCGGAGCCAGACUUCCCUGGAAGUCGCCCAACAUCUCCUCGCUCCUUCCGCCGCCUCUCUCCGCCUGCGGCUGCCCGCGUUUGUUUUCCCCGACUUUUUACUUUCACUUUCGGCUUCCGCGAAAGCAGCUGCUUGUAGCGAAGCGCCGCGGCUGGGGUGGUUUCCAGAGCCCGGCCGGGAGAUGUGCCAAGACUCGCCUUCCGGUCCCCGCUGCCAGCGCCCUCCGUUCAGUUUGAGCCGGCUGCCGUCCGCGGAGGAGCUCUCUUAAAUCCGUUUCUCGAGUUACUCGCCGACAGCUGCUUUCUCCACCGGCUUCGCGCCGCGGCUCUGCAAGCCGGGAAGCGCCCGGCGGCGGCUGGACUCCGCGAGAGAAGCGCCUCCAAGGGCCCGGCUCCUUCCAGCACCGAGGCGCUGCUCGAGCGAGUUUGCGGCAAGCUCCCUUGGCCCGUCUAGAACCGGCGCGAUGAAGCCGGGCAUGUGGUCUUGGGUCGCCUUAGGGAUGCUGCUGGAUUUCCUGGCCCUCCACUUGGCUUGGAAGUGGAGGCCCUCGCCCUCGGGGAACCCCGUGGCUUUCUUGUGGGCCGUCGCCAUGGGGCGCUGCGUGUCGCUCGCCCUCGCGGGGGGCACCCUCGCCCGCUCCGGAGAGGCCAAGCUUCCCUGGAAGCUGUUGCUGCAAGGCGCCUUGGUCCUCUCCUUCCAGAUGCCCGGCUACGUCAGCCUGCAGUACCUCUACCAGCCGGAAGGGGGCGCCCUGGAGCUGGCCUACAGCUGGGGCAGGAUUGAGGUCCUUGUCCUCAACUACCUGGUGUUGGGGUUGGGGAUGCUGCUGUUCCAUCUCCUCCUCCCUUCGGGGGCCACAGGAACGGAAAAGAGGACCUCGGCUUCCUUUGGGCGCCUCAUCGCCUGCCUGAGGCCAGAGGUGCUGCGGUUUGUGGCCAUCACGGGGCUUAUAGUGAUCUCCUGCAUGGGGGAGAUGGCAGUUCCAUAUUAUACCGGGAAAGUGAUGGACUUGCUCAUAAGCAAGAAGGGAGCCUCGGCCUUCAAGGAUGCUCUGUACAUGAUGACUUUUUUCACUCUGGCCAGUGCUACAACGGAGUUUCUCUGCGACUUCCUGUACAAUACAGUUAUGAACCGAUUUCACACCCGCUUCCAGGGCUCCGUCUUCAGGUCCGUCCUGCGCCAAGAGAUCGGCUUCUUCAACGCUAACCGAACAGGUGACAUCUCUUCCCACAUCUCGUCUGGCAUCGAUGCCAUGAGCGAAGCCCUCUCGCACGAUCUGAGCCUUUUGAUGUGGUACCUGCUCCGAGGCGUCUGCUACUACGCCAUGAUGCUAUGGAUCUCUGUGCCUUUGACCUUCUUCAUCACCGUAGCCCUGCUCUUCAUCCUGCUGUUGCCAAAGCUCACGGGGAGCUACUACCAGAAUUUGGCCAUGCAGGUCCAGGAGUCCUUAGCCAAGGCUAACGAGGUCGCAAUGGAGACCUUCCAGGCCAUCUCCACCGUCCGCAGCUUUGCCAACGAGGACGGCGCGGCUCAGCGCUAUGAAAAGAAGUUGGAAGAGACCUACCAGCUCAACAAGAAGGAGGCCGUGGCCUACGGUGCCUCCCUGGGGGUUCCUGAGAUCUUACAGCUGAUCCUCAAAGUGGGGAUUCUCUAUUAUGGGGGACACCUGGUCACUCAAGGGAAGUUGAGUGGUGGAGCUCUUGUUACCUUUGUCCUGCAGGAGAGUGAGCUGUCCACAGUGAUGGAGGUCCUCAUUAGGUCUUACCCCUCUGUGCAAAAAGCCGUAGGUUCAUCAGAAAAGGCUUUUCAGUAUAUGGACCGGACACCCCAAAUCAAGGCCUCGGGAACUUUGGCGCCCGCAAAUUUAAAAGGACACAUGAAGCUUGAAAACGUUUGGUUCUCCUACCCCAGCAAUGGCAACUCUCCAGUCCUGAAGGGAGUGUCUUUAGAGCUGAUUCCUGGUACUGUGACUGCCUUGGUGGGCCCCUCUGGGUCCGGGAAGAGUACGGUGGUGGCCUUGCUCCAGAGGUUUUACGAGCCCAACCAAGGACAGGUGGUGCUGGACGACGAGAACUUGAGCGAAUACGAGCAUCACUUCCUGCAUCAAAAGGUGGCGCUGGUGAGCCAAAAUCCCAUACUCUUUGCCCGAUCCUUGCGUGCCAACGUCGCCUAUGGCUUGGAAGACCAAAGUCAAGAGAAGGUGAUCCAGGCUACUCAGCGAGUGGGAAUCCAUCGAUUCAUCUCCACAAUGAGCCACGGCUACGACACAAGUGCCGGGGAAGCAGGCAAGCUGAUUUCUGGGGGGCAGAAGCAAGCGAUCGCUCUCGCCCGAGCGUUGAUCCGCAACCCCACAGUGCUGAUUUUAGAUGAUGCCACCAGUGCCCUGGACGCGGAGAGCCAGCAGCAGCUGGAGAAAGAAAUCUACGACGGGGAAGCUCGCGGCAGCCGUUCCGUUCUCCUGAUCUCGCACCGGCUUCGCAACGUGAAGCGGGCUAAUCUCAUCCUGGUCAUGGAAGACGGGGAGAUCCGUGAGAAGGGGACCUACCGGGAGCUGGAAGACAAGAAGGGCCUCUUCUGGCAACUGCUGCAGAAGCAGCCCAAUGGGGCAGAGGGGGGCAGGAACAGCAGCCCCAAUGGGAACAACAGGCAUUGAUAACCGGCAGCGUGAAAACAGGCAGGUGUUCCGGUCUGGAUCCCGAAACAGCAUCUGUCGCUCCUUGUGAGGCUGGUACAAUAGAGAGAAGACUCAGCAACACGACACUCUCGUUAAAGAUUGACAAUUGGUCAUUCCGACAAUUCUAAAACUGCUGUUUAGAAAUCACAGUUUAAAUGAUGUGACGUCUGUGACAGCAGGAAACAUUUUUUUGAGGGGGGGGAGGUGUUCAUAGUUUAAGAUGGCAGCAGGCACGCUGGCUGAGGACUUCUGGGAGUUGAAGUCCAUGAGUCAUAAAAUGGACCAUGUUUGAAGACCCUGCUCUUGAUGGUUGAUCGUAAAAAUCAGAAACUGCUCACCCCUUCAAUAUCUUCCUUAUUCGUUCUGAGGCGGGUUGUCUCAACUGUUGUUAUUAGUUUGAUGCUCUUUAUACAUUUAAUCUUUUUUCCCCCAGCCUA